ACUAACGAAUAUUUAAAGGGUUUAAUUGAUUUUCUCGACCAAAAUGCUCAGCCUAAGCCGUCAGAUGAGGAAGGUAACACGUUAAAGCCUUCUUCUGAGCUCGAAAAGCUCGAAAUAGAGCUAAAAGCAAUUGAGUCGCAACAAAAAGCUAUUCAAGAAAAGCUUUUACAAGCAAAACAGUCGGAAAAUAUUCCCAAGUCAAGUGGAAGCAGCCCUACUGUUGCUGACUCAACAAAAAUGCCUUUGUUGGGGUUAAACUCGGGCUUGCAGGCAACAAUUUUGCAUAGAGAUUUCAAGAUUCAAGGAACAAUAGGCGAAGUUGGGCAAAGGGACAAAUUAGGCUACCAAUCAUUAAUGUUGCAAGUGGAAAUUGGGUUAGGGAAAGGUUAUACAAAUAAAGAAAUAGUUACUGCAGUAAUUAGAGCUGUUCAACCUGGUUUACAGCUUCGAAGCUACUUAGAAAGUGUAGGUGACCUAACCCUAGCUAGACUGUGA